CUUUUUAAGCAAAGAGAGGAAAAGAAGAAACUUUCCAUAUAUUAUUAUUCACAAAAGUAGCGGUAAAAAAAUAUUAUUUUAUAAACGGUAGAAAGGUAUACAUUGUAGGAAAGCAAAGGAUCUAAUUGAUAAUACAGUUUAAAUGAAAGGUAAAAAAAAAAGCAUGACAAAGUAUAUUACUGGAGCUGCGUUUUUUAACCGUGGUCUAGAUACAAAUCCCACUUGUGAAGAUUUGAAAAACAACAAUGAGCCCCGACAGCUUGCCGCUCUUCAGCAGAUAAUAGCCAAUAUGACAAUUGGAAACGAUGUAUCUCGUUUUUUUAAUGAAGUUAUGCUGUUAAUCUCCUCGAAAAAUCUCAGCAUAAAGCGUUUAGUGUACCUUUACUUUGUCCAAAAUUGUCGGACGAAUCCAGAAAAGUCUGUGCUGUAUGUUGGAUCCCUAACUAAAGACACAUUGCAUAACUCGCCCCUCAUUCGCGGUGCCGCACUGCGCACCAUGUCAAGUUUACAGAUAUCUAUCAUGGCAGACGCUGCGACGGCACCACUACUCCGGUGCUUGAGUGAUUCCGAUCCCUAUGUCCGAAGCAUCGCUGCAAUGGGUGUGCUAAAGAACUAUAACAUCACACACUUGACAUCUUUUAACUAUGAGUUGAUUAAUGCCCUCAAAAAUUUACUUCACGACCCCAACCCCAUGGUGUGCGGAAUGGCUGUGCAGGUCAUUUUAGAGUUAUACAGCAGGAAGGCUUCUGGUGACUUGUUGAGGGCGAUCUUUGAUGCGGGCCCGCAUUUGCUAACAAUGCUGGAUGAGGCAACUGAGUGGCCAACAUACUAUAUUCUGAACGGAAUUGCAACCUCCUUUCGAUGUGCGCCUUCAAUCAUGCUAUCCUCGGAUGCCAGUCACCCGUCUGAUACCGCGGCACAUGAUUCAUUGGUGCAAAUGGGUGAGGAACUUAUAAUGCGAAUUUUACCGUACCUUUAUAUCUCUAAUAGUGCUAUAGUUAUGGCUGCUGUGAAGGUGGUAAUGCUAUUUCUGAGAGUCACAACAGACCGAGAUGUACAAUUGUCGACUGAUCAGCGCGAGGCUCUUGAUAGGCGUUUCGUCACGCCAAUUUCAAAUGCAUUAGUUUCUUUAGUUUAUACCUCUCGUUAUGAGCUUCGGUACCUGGUACUGAAAAAUAUUCAACUGUUUCUUUCAACACGUUUUAUGCACUUUUUUGAGACUCAUCUUGGGAUCUUCUUUGUUCAGAAUGAUGAUCCUGUUUAUAUUAAACUCGCUAAGCUUGAUGUAUUGGUUAGGUUAGCCAAUGAGACCAACGGCGCGCGUGUGCUGUCUAAGCUGGUGGUAUAUGCUAGAGAUAUAGAUGUUGAGUUCUCCUCUAAGAGCGUACAGUCGAUUGGAUUACUGGCCAUAACUAUUCCAACGCUCACGAUGGAGUGUGUUAGAAAACUCGAGGAUCUUAUCCAAUCUAAAAAUCCCCACAUUCUUGAGAAUGCCGUAGUGGUGGUACAAAACGUGCUGCGACAGUAUCCUGGUCGUUUUGGUGGGAUCAUUCUUAUUGUGUAUGAGUCAUUAAGCCUUUUAAACGACGAGGACGCACGCGCAGCAGUAGCGUGGAUCAUUGGCGCAUACGCGGAUCACGUACCGCAAGCCAUGGAUUAUCUUAAGAUUUUUGUUGAUAAUUUUAUGAAUGAGCACCUUAAGGUUCAGCUUGUGGUGCUUACUACACUUGUAAAGAUACGGGUGUGCAGUGAAAGUGCGAAGACUUCGGAAAAUGUACUAGAAUUUCUUGAUGUUGUCUUAGCACAAUGUGCAGAAUGCCAACAGCCUGACCUGCGGGAUCGUGCUUUUUACUAUCAGAGGAUGCUUGCUACCGAUAUUGUCAUGGCACGGCAAAUUCUUUCCGAAGUGCAGAACGUGACGCUGCAGAUGUCUAGUUCCCCUUAUGAGCGCAAAACUCAGAAAUAUAUAUUCGACGAUCUUGGAUCCCUUCGAUCGGUGAUACAACAACCUAUCCAACAUGCACUUGGGAAGUCCAUCGAUGGUGCGAGUGAGGUGAACCCCUCUUUUUUUUUCUUUUCCAAUAGUAACCUCGACGACAACAACGACGACGAUUGCAAUAGCAAGGACUCCGAGACGAGCUUUCACGAAGCGGCGGUGAAUUCCUCCGCGGAAGGCUACCGCUUCAAUUGCACCAUUAACGAUGACGAACAAAAAAGGAACGGCCCCAACACAGCCAAGGAUAGCACCCCAACAGCAGUGGAUAAUAGCCGCAAUAGAUGUAACAGCAUUCUUUCCUCCCCCCCUACAGACGGUUUACCCCAACCUGAACCUACUCUCGCCACGAAUUUAUGUAGUCGUUUGAUAGAUCCUGAAGGGUUUCCUUCUACCAUCGCAGCGGCGGGGGGAAUGGAGUACCAGGUAGUUUUGCCCGCCACUGCUGGGGGUGGAGUCGAAGUCGCGUUGCGUUGGUCCCAACGAGGAAUGAAGCUUGUGUUGAAUUGCCGUGUGGGGUUGCACCGCGGCGGUGACUUCGUCCGACGCGCGCGGCUCACUGACCUCCAAAUUAACCGCAACCUCUUUAGUCUCGGAGUACAGCAGGUCUUCCCCCCGAUGAGCCUCGAGGCCGAGGAGAAACCCCGAGAAUUCGGGCUGAUUGUCUCCUGUAAUAACGAACGGCGGCCGACGCGGGACCUCGAGGUCGCUCUGGACAUUCGGCCAGUGGGAGUUCGCUACGUUCUGGCGCCCCCGAUUCCCCCCGUGAUGUUGCUGCGUCCCGCCACCGGCUGUGAUGUCGGGGAUUUCCUGCGGUGGUUGCGGGAGAUUCCCGAACCGACCUGGCGUAUCCCGUCCUCGAUCGUGUGUGGGGGAUGCGCGGAAAGCCGAUUCACCACGAACGCGUUGCGAAUGUAUGGAAUUAAUUUAGUCCACCGCAGGGAUUGGACUCCAUCGGGGAUGACCGUAUUUUUUCUUCACGCAGAAACGAUUGGGCGAGAGCGACUUCUUGUGGAUGUGACCGUUUAUCAAAAUAAGCUGGUGCUUCUUACAGUUCGCUGCAGCUACGCACCGGUUGCGGCUUUUUGGGGAGAAUAUAUCAAAAGUACCAUAUGUGCCUAUACGUAA